AUGAUCGGAAAUGCAUUGCUUCAUUUUGCAUCGGUUUGGGCAGCUAUUGGCAGCUCAAAGAAUAAUGCGUGCCUGUAUUAUCCGGAGAAGGUGGACAUGUUCAAGGUGGACCAGUUUGCAGAAGGAAAGCUGUCGAAGGCACUGAGAAACAUCCACAUCGAAGAGUGGGUGAAUAAGAUCGGCGGCAAGACGGCGCUAGUCAUCGAAUUGAUGUCUGCGCUACCAAGCUUGGCGUGCUUCAAAAGUGCAGUUUACGACUCAUUCCAGGAUAUCGAGGGAAUGGCAUUGGGAAGCAACAGCAAGACGGAUGACGUGAUUGGGUUCAUUCACACGUCUGCAAAGCAGCAGCACUACUCGAUGGAGCAGCUGAUCCAGUACACAGCAAUAGCAAUGCAUAACAUGUAUGGGCUAAACAAAUUCACAGGAAACCCAAACAACAAGGAUUUGAAUAAGGCAAGGGGAUUGUUGCAGCUGAUGGGUGAGAAGACAAACGCAAGCUACAGGAUGAUGUACGCAAGUGCUCAAAUCACCGAAUUGGACGAGUUCAGCUUCAAGACAAUCCAGCGAGAGAUGAGGUUCUUCAUUGCUGAAUACUACUCAAAGACAAACCAGAAUGUCACAGAAAUCAAGAAUUUGCAGUUCGUGUCUUUCAUGAAUACGACGAUGAACAUGGGAUCAGAUGAGGCAGUGGCACUGAAAGACUAUCUCAACAAGUGCACAGUCUUCAGCGACGUGAAGCUGUGCAACGGCGAGCAGCUGGUGUGCAAGCUGAUCAGGCGCGUCCGAUACUACGUCAAACUCCACAAAUACAUCAGAUUGAGGUGCCGUGCAAUAGCAGUUGUUGUAAAUCAGUAA